AUGGGCAAGAAGGGAACCAACAAGAAGUUAACCAACGCCACCAUCAACAACAAUGGCACUCACAGCAACAACAACAACAAUAACAACAAUUCAAGGUCAAAGAAGGUCAAGCUCAUGGUCAAGAACCCCUUCUCAGACAUGGUCACUCACGACUAUACCAAAGAACAACAAUAUGACAAUUCAACAACAAUAGUAGCGACUGCACCCCUCACAGCGUUAGAGUUUGCAGAGUCCCAACAACAACAACAGCAACAGCAGCAGAGGCCAGACUUCUUUAACCCCUUUUCCGACAUUCAUGCGAAUCUCUUUGAUCGCCAGAGUGGUGGAGAAGAGAACGAUGAAGGGGAUGAGGAUGAGGACGAGGAGAGUGUGGUUAGGGCUAGAAGGGAGGCACUGGCGGCGCUGGAUCCUUAUAAUACUAAUGCCCACAAGGAGCAUUUCAAGUCUCUGAAGGCCCCUAAGCAACAGCAGGAUAACUUGGAACCUACAUUGCUGUCAUCACCAGCAGAGCCAUCGACGCAGACAAAGGACUUUGAAGAACCAGAUGGGUCGAUGGCCAUGAUCACUGCCAGCACACCUCCAACUUCUCGCAGGCAACAACAGCAUCAGCAACAGCGCGACUCGUCCAGUAUCUACUCAACUCCCAAAGCCCAGAUCCAACACCGUCCCCUCUCCCUCUCCCGCGCAGCCAACAACAGCUCUUACAAGGACAUCGUCCCAGAAAUCUCUAUCUCUCUCGCAACCCCGUCCCCUCCACCUUCUUCCACCAGCAAACGCCACCACCGUCGAGGGUCCUCCCUCGUCAACGCCAACCCUGCCCUGCUGACCACUACCUUCACACCUUCGCCUCUGUCGUCGAUCUCGCCUCCGCUAGAUGAGGAGUUUGAUAGGCAGGAGGCCAACAAGAAGGACAAGACGAAUCGGUCGACUGCGAUUUACACCAACUUCUUUCAGCGCAUUACCUCCCUUGGGUCUUUGGGUGGGAAGGCGAUUGUUGCUGAAGAGGGAGUGGUGGAUCAUAUUGGCGCUGAGAUGAAGAAGGAUCCGACCGCGUCUGCGUCCAAGCCUGCGUCUACAUCUUGGUCUCUCAAACGCAACACUUUUGGAACUUCUUCCGGCACCCACAUUUCGCCUAGCUUGUCAGGUCCCUCCAUCCAACAACAGUCCAGUCAAGUAUCUCGAUUCAGUAUCAAGGGCAAGAAAGGUAACAAGGGCGGCGCUCGAGGAUCCAAAAAGUCACGCAAGCAUGGAGUUGCCGCCAUGAUGGAUUCCUUAGACCCCUGGGACUCUUGUGACGACAUGUUACUCCAGGGUACCGAUGACGAGGAGGAUGGGUCUAAUCUAUCUGCAACACAAGGAGACCAGUUCUUGAAAGGGCGGAUGGGUGGACGGAGGAGGAGUAGUGAUGAUGCGACGACUAGGGUCGAGACUGAGCAAGGAGUCAUCCCUCGACUAGGAAAGGGAGCUAUGGCUGGGAUGGAUGACUGGAUGAUGCAUCCCCGUACUGCUGCCAUCCGUGGCGGCGGUUCUUUCCACAAGGUCCGUCAUGACGAUACUGUUCCCGUUCCUGUUCCCGUUCCCGUUUCUGCGUCGGCACGGCCAGUUUCGUCGUCUGCGAUAGAGUUUACGACAAUUUCGCUUGCUUCGCCACCCAUGACCGUUUAUUCUACUCAGGCACUCGGAGGUGGUACUUCUUUGAACAGAGAGAGUUCUUUCGAUUCUUCCUUAUACCGUCUCAAGAAGGGCACGUCCACUUUUUUGGGCUCCCUCGGAUCCAGCUCUCUUCAAAACAAUGUCAAGGGCCAGGCCAAGAAGUCUCAAGGUCAGGACGAGGACGAACGUAUGCGCCGGAUGAUGAAUGGCGAUCAUUAUGAUGGUGGUAGUGGUGGCCAGGACCUUGUCUUUAAUUCCCGUGCUGACAACGAUGGUGGCGACGUCGAGUUUGCAUUCAACCAAGGACGAGUGGAUCAGAGAUCGAGUUCUAUGACUUUUGGUCCUACCUGCAGGGCAGUCUCCUCUCCACCCCUGGCCACCUUCUCGUCCUUGCCCUCCCUCCGAGAUUUCAUCCACUCUGCCACGGGGCUCAGUCGUUCGUCCACAGUUCCUGUCGGCAGCGGUAAUGGGAUGGGUAACAUCUCACCACCACCCUUCUCGCCUACCGCGUACCUGCGUCGAUCCCAGACGACGGCUGGUGGGUUUGGGGGCUACUCCGAGGUCCAGCGGGGGUACACUUCUUCGUCAAAUGUCGCUACCACCGGGACCGAUAGCGGUCGAGCUUCGUUUUCACCUGUCUCGCGACGCAGGAACACUCCUGUCAUGGUGCCGACGAUUGUUGUCCCCAAGCAUUUACCCGGCAGUGGGGCCUCUGUUGCUCUUUCGGCUACUCCCGUGUCAUUCUCCCCACCACCUCUCACCUCGUUGUCCAACUCUACUUCUUCUUCGACAACAACGACUGUCAUGACCAGCAGCGACGACGACGACGACUCGUCUGACUAUUUGUCAAUGACGAUGAACAGAACCACUCCACCAACCCGAACCUUCCACCGCCUCGGACCUUCUUCUUCUUCUACACCCUCAUCCAUAACCGUCCCUGCAAAAGCCGCAACCGCCGCCAACAGCACCCAACUGCCCUCAUCCCUAGCGGCCGCAGCCAUGGCAGCCGCCCAACGCGCUCGCGCCGUUUACAGCCAAGCCCUUACCUCUACCUCCAGCACCUCUACCCUCAACAGGUCCAACACCUCCAUAUCUGUCGACUCGAUGACGGGUCCAUUGACGGGCAACGACUACAUUGGUCAGUUUGAGCGGAACCGUGCUCAAGCCCGGAGUUUUGGGGAUGAUGAUGAUGGUCAAGGACCGUUUGGGUCCAUGCACAAGAUCAACCACUCUUCGUCGUCGUUGUUCAACAGCAACAACUUGAGUUCUGUGAACUCGUUGGCUACGACUGUUCAUCAACAGCAGUUUCAGCACGGAUCGGAAGUGUAUCACCCAACGGCCAUGUCAUCGACCACAACUCUCCUCGUAGAUGUUGAUGAUGACCAUGCUUACCCUCUUGACCACUCUGCCGCCGGUGUCGGUGUCCGUGGAGGCGGAAGCGACCUCGAAAAACCUGCAAAUCGCAGCGCGUUCGGAUUCGGAUUCGGGUUCCUCCACCGGCCUUCUUCCACCUCCUCUUCCUCCAUCCCCCCACCCCGCAGAACCCGCCAAUCAUCCACUUACUCGACAACCUCUGAAAAACUCAUGCACCUCCCUGACCCAUCCCCCUUUGAAGGAAUGUGCUCCUGCCGGGGCUUAAUCAAUAUCACCAGUAUGCUCCUCAUCCUCUGUGGCCUCAUCCUUCUCAUCCUCGGAUACCCGAUCGCCUCAAGUCUCAGGAAGGAUCGUCUCGCUGCCGAGGCUGCCGCUGAAGAGGCUGCGAAUGCUGCGAAUGCGGCCAUGUCGCAUGUGCGGUUCGCGAUGGAUAGUCAGCAGCAGGGGGGUGUUGGUACAGCAGGAUUGAUGGGGCCGAUGUCAAAGACAGCAACAUCAACGGUUGUGAAGGCUGCGAUGAGGGGGAUGGUGGAUAAGGAUACGCCGCAGGAUAAGAGAACAACUAUUGCGAGGGAUGGAGGGCUUUGGGAUUUGGUGUUUUCGGAUGAGUUUAAUCUGGAUGGGCGCAAUUUUGCACCCGGACAGGAUCCUCACUGGGAGGCGGUGAAUUUGCCAGCGUCAACGGCGAUGAAGACACUGGAGAAUUACUCGUCAGACCAGGUGACGACCAAGAACGGACAGCUGGAGAUCACCCUCCAACGCGACCCUGCCCGUCCUUCUCCUUCUGGUGCCAAGUUCCAAAAGCGUGAUGGUAGCAGUAGUGGUGCCUGGAAGUACACCUCUGGCAUGCUCCAGUCCUGGAACAAGAUGUGUUUCCAAGGCGGGAUUCUUGAAGUGGCGGUGAGUCUCCCGGGUAGUCCAACAAAAGCAGGUCUGAAACCACGAGUAUUCGUCCUAGGAAACUUGGCACGGUACGGGUACCCUGCCUCCAUGGCCGGCGUCUACCCUUCUUCCUCCUCAUCCUCCUCAACCUCCUCUUUCACAAAAUGUAACCCCACCUCCACCAACUCCACGGUCCAGAGACUGAACGGCUGCUCAUCAGUCACCGACACCACAUUGGGCCACAAGAGUCGCGGAGCCCCCGAGAUGACUCUCUUGGAAACCCAUUAUGGCGUCCAAAUGAACCCUGAGGCCGUGGAGGCUCAAAAGCAUGCGAUUCAGGUCUUACAACAGGCUCCUCCCCGGGUUUUGCAGAGAAGAGAGUAUCAUAGGAUCAAGAAGCGUCAACAGCAGCAGCAGCAGCAGCAGGACGGGGAGGGUCAAGGAGUGGAUCAUGGGGAGACGGUGGUGAUGUUACAGAAGCAGAGGUUGGGCGGUAGUCGUGUCACUGUCGAUGCUGCUUUUGGACGUGGAAGAGUUGCUGGCGGUGGUAGUAAUGGGAAUGGUGCGCUUCGACAGAGUAUUGCGAUAUCAUCCGUCAAACUCGCUUCCUCCCCCUCCUCCUCUUCCUCCUCUUCGACAACCGACGGACUCAAAAUCGCCUCAAAAGCGGCAGUAGAGACCUCAACUCCCCAAUGGAUCCAACCCAUCGACACCCGCUUCUUUUCGUCUUCAUCUGUCAACGCCAUCCAGGAUAAGGACGAGUUCAUAAAAGUCGGUCUUGAGUACUGGCCAGGCGCCCUCAACACCACCUCCUCCACGCUUACUUCUGGAUCAGGAGACGAAGACGCAUACAUCCAAUUCUCACUAAACUCCAACCGCUACCCUCCACUCCUCAGCACCUCACACUCUCUCCUCCACCACCAAUCCCCCCCCCCCUCUCCUCUCACAGCCUCCCCCACAAAAGAAAAAGACGCCUGGUACAAGGACGCAAAAACCCUUCCUCCAACAACAAGUAUCCCACAAGAGCCCAUGUCGAUCGUCCUCAGCCUCGGCCUCCUCCAGGAAGAACUCCUCCUCGACCCUGAGCUACAGUUCCCGGCGGUCAUGAAGGUCGAUUAUAUUCGACUUUAUCAGCCCCGUCAGGAGGAGGAGGGAAACGAAAAGGGCGAAUGGUUGUCGUGUGAUCCGCUCGACCACCCAACGGCAGAGUACAUCCGUGCACAUUCGCGCGUGUAUUCCGAUCCUGAUGUUGGGUACACCGCUUAA